AUGAUGAGAUCCGUUCUUCGCAAGUACGGGCGUGUUCGUGAUACCGAGAAUGAGCUACUUUGGACCACAUGGCCGGAGCAGUCACUUCAACUUGAGCUUUCCGAAAGAGACGGGCGCUGGUUCUGGAACUCGCAACCAGCUGGCGAAAGCACUAUACAUGCCGCAAUCCCUAGACAACUUAGGUGUCUCGACGGCAGGCUAGAAGGAAUUGAGAAGGGGACAUCGACUUUCAACAACAUGUUCCACAAUGACAUGCCAAUGAUAGCAACGCUGCGAGAAAGGUUCUAUAAGCGAUGCGAGUGGGAGCUGGAGAAGAUUAUUCGGCCAUUACUCGUGGAUAUUAAAGAGAUCGUUGAAACGGAAGUCUCGCUCGGGCUUGGGGGACUGCCAGCGGCCAAAAACACAUCCGUGGAUGGAACCAUCCAAGACAUAAAAGACCGGCUCGCGGCUACGACCUCGGAGUUUUCAAGAUGGCCUGGAGCUGAUUCUACAAGUGCACUAAAGGUGCCUACGCAAACGCCGUACGAAGUUCUCGUCGAAGCCUGUGUCUGGAAAUGCCAAAACGAACUCGUCAAGCACCCUCCAGCGCAGAAGGACUUUGAUACCGUUAGAAAGCGGCUCGCGAGGAGUAUCCGUGAUGAGCUCAAUGUCCUAAAUGGACACAACCCCCACAACAAGGAUGUUUAUCGACCAUCGACGGUGGUCCUGUGCGUGCGGUGCGGCAUCACAGGCGGGACAAAACCGGUUGCGCGAAAUGAUACUUCAGCUACGAAACCUGUUGGUGCCUUGCUCAAACUCAUCUGGGACAAACGUACCCCGAAAAACACCCCAGAUCCAAGAGAAUACGAGGAGUUCAGCGCCGACGGUGAUGCCGAAAAAAUUCUCAAGCAUCUAGAUGCAGAAUUCAGACCACCACGUUUCAUGCGGCAACACGUUGCAGGGGCAAUCGAUCAAGACACAAAACGAAAGGGCCCAUGUCCGACAUGCAGAAGAGUCCUCGGCUAUAUCGAGCUUGAAGAUCAUGAUGAACAACCGCAUCAAAAUCCUAUGCCGCCUGGUGUCUGCGCAGAAUGCCCGGUUUCAUUCCGUUGCGACGCGCACGAGCAGGACAAGGUAGACAUACGCGAAGGUGAUGCGCUUUAUCGACAGAUUGUUCAAGUCGUUCGGGCUCGAAAGCGAGCGCAGAUUGCUACAACACUGCUCUCACCAACACUGGGGACGAAGUGGCGGAAGCUGUGGAGAAGAUGGGUGUAA